UACUAUCGAGUGUAUAGCAAUGUCUCCCAUUUUUAUCGCUUUUCUCAUCGUUGGAGUUGCAUCUGGGUACAUAGUAUGUUGCGGUCAAUAUUCUAUACCUGCCCAAUGUGAAAAUCCUUGUCCAAAAACGUGCGCUAACCGCAAUGAUCCUACAAUUCGUCCAUGUCCUAGACAGAUAUGUCGAGAGGGUUGUAACUGCAUGGACGGAUACGUGAAAGAUGCGAAGCAGAAUAAUGAAUGUGUUUUACCCAAAAAUUGUAUCCCAUAAAAUACAAUGUAAAAUAUAAUAUAUACUUAAGUGCAAACAAAUUUUUUUCAUGUCAUUAAAAAUAUCUUGAACUCUUAAACAUUUUUAAAUUCGAUUAUGAACUAUAAAAGUUCUUAAAUCAAAUCCUCACCAGGCAAAUAAUUCUAGUAAAUAAUAACAUUUUUGAGUCCAAGCAUUAUUGACAUUUAGCAGAAAUUUAUUAUUUUAUAU